GAGGCGCGGGUGUGUCCUGGUACCAAGUGUCCGUCCAGCCACGGGGAUGCAGGGAGAGGUCCUCUGAGGGCAGGAGAGCUGGAGGCUCCAAGGACCCGUGGGUGUGUAGGGGCUGGAGGAGGGCUGUCAGGCCAGGUUAUUGAUCCGAGAUCCCUGGUUCUGCCCGCAGUGACCACAGCCCUCCCGAAGCCGCCUGCCCGGCCUCCCCACGCGGGCGGUGGACCUGGCGGGGCCCCUGGGCACGCCAUGCGCAGCACCACACUCCUGGCUCUGCUGGCGCUGGUCCUGCUCUACCUGGUGUUGGGGGCCCUGGUCUUCCGGGCCCUGGAGCAGCCCCUGGAGCAGCAGGCCCAGAGGAAGCUGGGGGAGGUCCAAGAGAAGUUCCUGCGGACCCACCCAUGUGUGAGCGACGGGGACCUGGGGCUCCUCAUCAAGGAGGUGGCUGAUGCCCUGGGAGGGGGUGCAAACCCUGACAUCAACGCAACCAGUCACAGCAACUACUCAGCCUGGGACCUGAGCGGCGCCUUCUUUUUCUCAGGCACCAUCAUCACCACCAUCGGCUAUGGCAAUGCAGCCCUGCGCUCAGAUGCCGGUCGCACCUUCUCCAUCAUCUAUGCUCUGGUGGGGAUCCCACUGUUCGGGAUCCUGCUGGCAGGGGUCGGGGACCGGCUGGGCUCUGCCCUGCGCCACGGCAUCGGGCACAUUGAAGCCAUCUUCCUGAAGUGGCACGUGCCCAAGGAGCUGGUGCGAAUCUUAUCGGCGUUGCUCUUCCUGGUGAUUGGCUGCCUGCUCUUUGUCAUCACCCCCAUGUUCGUGUUCUGCUACAUGGAGGGCUGGAGCAAGCUCGAGGCCAUCUACUUCGUGGUGGUGACGCUCACCACGGUGGGGUUCGGGGACUAUGUGGCCGGCGCCAACCCCAACCAGACCCACGCAGCCUACCAGCCGCUGGUGUGGUUCUGGAUCCUGCUCGGCCUGGCCUACUUCGCCUCGGUGCUCACCACCAUCGGGAACUGGCUGCGGGUAGUGUUCCGCCGCACGCGCGCAGAGAUGGGCGGCUUCACGGCUCAUGCCGCCAGCUGGACCGGCACAGUGACGGCGCGGGUGACCCAGCGAGGCGGGUCCGUGGCGCCGCCGCCGCCGGAGAAGGAGCGGCCGCUCUCGCCCCCGCCGCCGUGCACCGCGCCCCCGGAGAAGGCCUCCCCGCCCUCCCCGCCCUCCCCGCCCACGGCCUCCGCGCCCUCGGCCUCCGCGCUGGACUACCCCAGCGAGAACCUGGCCUUCAUCGACGAGUCCUCGGACACGCAGAGCGAGCGCGGCUGCGUGGUGCCCCGCGCGCCCCGGGGUCGCCGCCGCGCCCCGCCCCCCGCCAGGAAGCCCGCGCGGCCCCGCGGCCCCCGGCGCCUCCGGGACAAAGACGUGCCCGUGUAGGGCAGGGGCGCCGCCCCAGAGGCUGCGUUCUGGCUCGUCCCCUGCAUGCGUUGCCUGGUUGAUCGAAGCGCCCGUGCGACCGGCCUGCAGCCUGGGGGCAGGCCAGGUGGCGUGCCUGGCACCCCGGCUCCUGGCCCCUCCUCCCUCCGUUCAUCUCCAGCCCCCAAGGGUCCCCGUCUCCUGUCCGGGCCGGACCGUCCCCCACGCCUCCCAGCUGAGCCUCAGAGCCCGUGUCAAUAAAGGAAAAAGUCCACCGCUGCGGGCGCGCGCGCUCCCAGGGCGCGAGUGCUGGCGUCGGGGCGCUCCCUGGCGAGUCAGGCUUCCGUGACUCUCGGCACCCACGUCGGGUCGGGCAGGGAGCGGCACCCUCGGCCGUGAUCGGCCCGCGUCGCUGCGUGGAGGCCAGCAAGCAGGGGCGCGCGGCGGAACCUGUCAGAUGGGCCGUGCGUCUCCAACGCCAGCACAGCCUUAGGGGUGCGGGGGUGGGCAGGGGGAGAAAUAAUUGUGUCAAGUGUGGAGGGCUGCAGCUUGACCACUUCCUGCACGAGACCCUCCUCGCCA